AAUGUCAUAAUUGAUAUGAAAUUAACCAUUGAACGUCAAUCUCGCGAUUAUUCAAUUCUAAAAAUAGGUGUAUUAAUUUGGUUAACAUUUCAAAAUUCUAUACAUACGUUACUUAUUCGUUAUGCUCGUGCGCGUGAUAUUCCACAAAUGUUCAUAUCAUCAGUUGCUGUUUUUUUAACGGAAAUUUUUAAAGCAUUUGUAUGCAUUUUUAUUGUGAUUUAUGAAGAAGGAAGUUUUUUAAAGCAGCAAGUAUUUGGAAAUUUCUUUGAUACUUUUAAAGUUUGUAUACCUGCAAUGAUUUAUAUGAUACAAAAUAAUUUGUUCUAUUAUGCAGCAAGUCAUUUAGAAGCAGCAACAUUUAUGGUUGCAUCUCAAUUGAAAAUUUUCACGACUGCGGUUUUUUCAGUUUUUAUGCUUCGAAAAACAUUAACAUUAAUUCAGUGGUUCUCAUUGGGAGUUCUUUUUAUUGGAGUUUGCCUUGUUCAAGCUUAUCAAACUUCAAGUUAUAGAAUGGCUACAGUUCAAAAACCAUUUCUUGGAUUUCUUGCUGUGGUUAUUGCUUGCAUCUUUUCUGGUUUCGCCGGUGUUUAUUUCGAAAAAAUGCUCAAAGAUGCAGCACCAAUAUCUUUGUGGAUGCGUAACAUUCAGAUGUCACUCUUUUCUAUUCCAUCAAGCCUAAUAGCUGUGUUUGUUCAGGAUUUUUUUGAAAUAUCUACAAAAGGUUUCCUUUAUGGUUUCGACUCAGUAGUUUGGACGCUUGUAAUUUGGUAUUGUCUUGGUGGACUUUCAGUUGCUGCUUGUAUUAAAUAUGCCAAUAAUAUAUCGAAAAAUUUCGCAACAUCUUUUGCUAUUCUUUUAAGUACGAUUGGUUCCAUCUAUAUAUUUCAUUUUGAACCGGAUACAGUUUUCUUGUUGGGUGUUUUUCUUGUAAUAAUAAGUAUUUUUCUUUAUUCGUUGCCACCAAAAAAAUUAUGCGGUGUUAAAGGAUAUUUCUAUCCAUAA